UGUUUUGGAUUAAUUAGCAAGCAGUUUUUGUUCAUGUUAAUGAUAGUUGAGUUGAUUCAGGUUAACCGUGUCUCCUAUGUUCUGUUUUAUUGUCAUUGGCCUCUUCAUGGAUCCAUAUAACUAUUUCCUUUUGAUUAACUAGUAAAGAGGAUUAAUGAGUUUAUUGAUGGAAAGAGGGAUUAGAAUGGUAAAUGUUUAUAAUAUAGAGGAAUGAUAAGUGUUUAUAAUAUUUUGUAUGACCAUGCUCUAUAUAACUUCUCCUUAACACAAAUUUUGGGACACAGUGUAAAAUUAGUAUUUGGCCAUGGUAUUGUUACAAGAUUUUCUACAUAAAUUUUGUUCUGCGUGGAAGGGCCAGAAAAUUUUUGCUUGGAAAUUAUUGUUUCAUUCUUGACAAAGAUAGCAAUGGAAUCACUUAGCACUAGGGAAUUUGAAGUUUUGUGCUUUUGGCUAUGCCAUUCACAGGUUUUAGGUGGUUUAAAUUAUAUGAAUUUCGGCUAGUAAAGCUUCCAGUGAGGGAUAUUUUACUACAGUAAUAUUCAUCUAGUUCGUUCUUCAUGUGUCCAAGCUUAUCCUGUUGAUUUGCUUUGUCGUCCUUCUAUAAAUGUAGCACAAUGUUGCCAAACAUAUGUGAUUAGUUCAUCUACUGAAGAUGAUAACUUCUUUUGGUAUUACUAUUGGCGACUUUCACAGUCUAAUACUAUUGCCAUUACUUGUUUAGUCUCUGAAACAAGUUUGGCAUAUUGCCUUUGAAUUGUAGAGAUUUUAUUAUUUAGGCUUAAGCCACUUAAGCUUAAUUAAGUCCCACUGCACCUUCCCUUUUAAAUAGAGUUUGGAUUAUAGUUAGCUGAGCUUGUUGGAUUAUAAACAAACCAGUGUUUUAAAACAGCGGCCAUGGUGAAAUGGCAUGGCUGGUUUUGGCCCCGCCCGCCAUAUGCGGGUCGCUGCAUUGUGGGAAUCACAGCAGCUACAAUUGUGGCAAUACCAUGGUAGUCCACAACCUGAAUGGAGAAAAUGGCGGGUUUGUUGGAAAAUUUUCUGCAUUCGAGGGUUAUUUUGGUAAUUUAGAAAACCUAAUAUCUAAAUUAGAGAAAGAUCUUACCUUCUUAGGAAGCUUCAGGCAGCUUUACCCCUUUUCUCCCUCACCAACCCCAAAUCUCUCUCUCUCUCUCUCUCUCUCUCGCAUUUUCUCUGCUGCUGGUGGUGCCGACGCAUUAUCAUCGCCGCUGCGGGUUAGCCCUCCUCCAUUCCAGGAAGCGGAUACGAUGAAUGGAGACACCAAGAAAGAAUCUUCCUUGGUGAAGAUAAAAGUAUUGUUUUUUGCAAGAGCACGAGACAUUACUGGCUUGAGUGAGAUGCCACUUGAGGUUUCAUCUGGAAGCACCACUCAAGAUUGUUUGAAGAAACUUCUUGUAGGGUUUCCGAGCUUGGAAGAGAUUCAAGGGUGCAUGGUUUUGGCGCUGAACGAGGAGUAUGCAGCAGACACAACAGUUGUUCAAGACAAAGAUGAGUUGGCCAUAAUACCUCCAAUUAGUGGUGGUUGAGGUGAAACAAACAUCUUUAUUUGUUGCAGCAGGGUAUUUUUUCUACUCUUAGAAACAUAAUUUCAAUAUUAAUAAAUGCUCAUAAGCUUGUAUAUUAUCAAAGCAUUUUAAGCAAUGUCUUCAGCCUCUUGAGAAGUUCAAGUCUAUGAAAUUAGUUAUCCUACCAUCAACCACCAUGUAUAUUGAAAAUUAUUGUAUAAUGAGAUUUAUUGUAAACUUUUAUCGGCUAGAUCUUGUCAGUUUAAA